AUGGGCGUCGGCUCGGCGUUCGGGCGCCAGCCAUCGUGGGCGCAGAUGAAGGAGCGCAUCCGGAUGGGCCUCAUCACUCCCACCUCGGUGCUCAUGUCGUCUGUCUCCCUCCCCACCACUCCCGCGGGCGGAGCCUUGGGCGACCCCUCGACCGGCAGCUACAUCCCACAGGGCACGGGCGUGGUGCGAGAGAACGGGUUCGUGGUCCAGUCGCCCUUCUUCGAGGUGUGCCCCAACUGCACCUCGACGGACAUCUCCUCCAACCGCGCGCGCGGCUUCUCUCGGUGUGAAAAGUGUUACUACACCGUGGACCCCACCAACCGGCCCAGCCGCAAGGAAAUGGAGAUGAUGGGCCGGGACAAGCAGGGCGAGCUCUACGUCGGCACGAAGCCGCUGCCGCAGCUGCUGCAGACCACCGUCUCGCACAAUGCCAGGAUCCUCGCCGGCGGCGGAGCGCAAACGGAGAUGAUGUACGAACUAUUCCACGCUUGUCAGAGCAACAACAUCAAGAAGAUCACCGAAAUCCUGGACCGAGGCAUCGACGUUAACUGCGUCGACUUUGACACUGGAUCGACGCCGCUGCACUGGGCGUGCGCCAAAUCGCAGCAGCACGCGAUCCGGUUGUUGGUGGAGCGCGGGGCCAACAUCAACGCCCAGAACAAGCGCGGCGUGACGCCGCUACACUCGCUCAUUCUCAACCGCAUCGAGCCCCUCGCCUUCUGGCUCAUCCGCAAGGGUGCGGACAUCAUGUUGACGGACAACGAGGGCCAGACGCCGGCCGAUCUUGCCCUCCCGUGGACGCAGCAGGAAAUGAAGGAGAUCUUCGCCGAGGUCAAGGCCGGCAAGGUUGUCCAAACGAACGAUCCGGCGCCGCGUGUCAUCCCCGCGGAGAAGCGACCCGAGACGCUUCCCGUCAAGCCCGAGCCUGUCAGCGUCGUCGAGCGGGAGGUGAUGAAGAUAUUCCUCAAGAACGAGGCCUACAAGAGCUUGGUCGUCACCUCCGACACCACGGCCAAGCAGAUAUGCGACCAGAUGGCCGAGAAGCUCAAUCUGGGCAAGGACUUCGGCAAAAACUUUGAUGUCACCGAACGCGUCAAGCGCGGCGAGCAGUACAUGGAGCGCCGAUUGGACGGCAAUGCCAACAUAUUCGAUCUCAAGUCCAAGUGGCCCCUGAUCUUCGGCGACUCGGGCAACGAAACGUCCCUCCACUGUCGGUUCAUUGUCAACGUGAAGCGCGGGUGCUCGGGCAGCAUCCAGGAGAAGUUCAGGGAGGCCAUCUACGGCGGCGCCACCAACUAG